AUGGCAGACGAAGAGUAUGAUGGAGAAGAUGCCGGGGGUGACUAUGAUGAUAUAGUUGAAGAAGACAACAAUAUUGAGGAGGUAGAGGAACAGGAAGAAGACGGAUACAAUACGCAAUGCUUGGCGCCGGGACAGGCUGGAGGAGGUGUUGAAAAAUCGAAGCGAAUUACUACACGUUAUAUGACUAAAUACGAAAGGGCAAGAGUAUUAGGGACAAGAGCUUUGCAAAUUGCUAUGUGCGCACCAGUUAUGGUGGAAUUAGAAGGAGAAACUGACCCACUGCAGAUUGCCAUGAAAGAAUUGAAACAAAGAAAAAUUCCUAUUAUUAUCCGGAGAUACCUUCCAGAUCAUUCCUAUGAAGAUUGGAGUAUAGAUGAAUUAAUUAUAAUUGACCAU